AUGGGCCUCUUCAAUAAGAAGACUGCCACUAUCGGCCUUUUCGCCGCUGGUGCUUACGCUCUUCCCCAGGCUGUCACUGCCCCGGCGGCAUCAGCCACGUACACUGCGAAUCCCAAUGUUGGCCCUGGUGGCAGCAACUUUAAAGACUCGGCCCACUUCCGUGUCUACGGAGCAUCUGCGGAUGAGGCAACCAAGGCUAUCGACAUGCUCGAGGGCGCUUACGACUGCUUCGUUGGAACUCUCAAGUGGCGCUCUCCCGGGCUGUCUUUCAACGACCAGGGCAACAGCGGUACUCUGUACAAGACCAACAUCUACUCUGUUGGCUCCUUGGAUAACGCUGCUGGUGUGAUGCACUCUGACUACGAGACUGGGCUGGCCUGGCUCGAGGUCGUUAACGAGUACCUCGCUGUUCCUGGCGUGACUGUCCAUGAGUACGGUCAUGGCCUGCACUACCACCAGCAGACCUGGGUUGACCAGGGCCGAACUGGCGCUUGGUGGGAGACCCUCGCCAACUGGGUUGCCGACACCUACAAGACCUCCGACAUCUGCGCGGCCGCCCGAAAGAACCAUAACCAGGAGACUUCCCCCACCGAAAUCGAACUCCAGAAGGUCCUCGGUGACUCUCACCAGGUCAUUGUCGAUGGCUCUGUCGAUACGGGUAACUAUUACCAGGCCUGGCCUUUCCUGGCUUACUUGACCAACAACCCCGACAACUUCGCCGGUCUUGGUCAAGAUACCAUUCGUCAGCUGCAACUACAGUACGAGAAGGGUAGCAACGAGACUCCCCUUCAUACCCUCGCCCGCGUUUCCAAGAACGUUACCGUAGGCGAUAUUGUUGGUCGCUACUGGGCUCGUAUGGCCUAUGUUGAUAUUGGACACGCUACUGCUCAGGAGGUUUUCUUCCAGCAGCGCGAGCAGAUCAACUUCAGCAAUGUUGAGGCUUCUGGCAGUGGCUCUUACAAGCCCAAGUCUGGUCGCGAGCCUCGCUAUAUGGGAUCUAAUAUUGUUCCUCUUGAGGUUACCGGUACCCAAGUCACGGCUAAGGUUUCUUCUGAUGCUGAAUUCGUUGCCACUAUUGCUGUUUACCGUGAGGGAGGCAAGUCGUCUUAUACCACUCUUCAGAAUGGUGCUGCUACUGUUCCCGUUAAGGCUGGUGAGGACGUCAGUGUCAUUAUUAGUAACGCUCCUGCUAAGCCUAUCCUGUACGAUGGUUUCAACCUGAGCGCUGAGGUUUCUAAGGGUCUUGACUACACCCUUAGCCUAACAGGUGCUAGUGUUAAGGCUUAA